UAUCAUUAAAAAAUCAGAUUUCCUCACACCAUGGCGUUAGAAUGAGUUAUCAUAAACACAGGAGUGUUCAUUAUUGAAUAUAUACAUUCAACGAUGUUCAUCUUGCUUGUCCUGACAAAUCCCUUGAUAAGUAUAAUAUAUCUCGGGAGGCACAUUCUAGAUCCCCAUUUGUUCCUAAUGUGGGUGUUUUUCAGCUGAACAUUACAUAUUUUCUCCUACAUUAUCUAUAUCACAAGACCGGUGAACUCCCACCCAAAUGCGAUUAGAAGAUGUAUAAGGUACCUUCUACCAACAAAAAUUUGGAGAGUUCUUCUAUGUCGGAAUCUGUACAAAUAAAAUGGAAAAAUAUUCCAUUCUAACCCACAUCUUUCAUAUGAUAGGAAUGGUAGUCUUCUCGCUUAUUUUUGGCAUAUAUAUAAAGCCAGAGGUUGACUCUAAAUAUGGAAAAGAUGAUCCGGCUCUUAAAGGUAUGCUAACCUAUUGAUUAACGAGUUCGAUCAUAUUAGCAUUAGACAUAUUUGUCAUGGAGAUCAUGGUAGCACUUUCAAUGCUCCCUGUACUACCUAUAUCAUUUUGAAUCUACUGCUGAGCAUGAUGCUGAUGACCAAGAAUCAAGCAAGCUAUGAACAGAAUUCCUGGACAGCAAAGAUCAGAAGAGGAUAUCGAUUUUCUGUUUCAUUUCAGAAACGGAAUGAGUUGGCAGCAGUUACUCCUCUAUAUCUACAAGAAUAACAAGAUUAUUUUCAAAAAGGUCAACUUCAGGGAAUACUUUGCUGACAAAGAUUCAGAAUUUCAUCUUACCCCCACAGCCUGAACUCCGGAUUUGAAGAAACAAAGAGAAAGAUGAGAGAGUUUCCUAACUGGUGACGCUACCAGAAAGAACAGUGAGAUUAAUUUGAUGGGUCGGGAUGAUUCGUCUAUUUGUGGAUCUCCAGAUAAUUCAUUUACCCCAAUCAGACCCUAUGACUCCAAGCUCCGAGCAUUCAUGAGAGAUAUCGAGGACGAAUUCAAAUUCUCCGAAGAGGAUAUAAACUACACACUGAGCUUAAAGAAGUGUAAAGACGAGGUUCCAAGAGCUGAGUCUCCUCCAAAAAGACUUGAGGACAAUUCCGUUAGCGGGGAUUCAGACGGUUGGGAUCUUAGUAAAGAACCUAGAAAAUCAACGAAGGAGCCUGUGAGAAGAAAAUCGAUCAUCAAAGGAAGACCUUCAAUCAAAAAGAUAGAUAGAGGUAUCCUCUGUACUAUCUGUCAAGACGAUCUUGAAGAAAACGAUGUAGUUCUUCAGCUAGACUGUGGCAAAACCCAUCUGUUACAUUUUGGAUGCCUAAAAGAGUGGCUCAGUUUCAAGUUUGAAUGUCCAACUUGAAGGACGAAUUUACUAACCUUGUACAAGGACAAAGUCAAAGAAGAAGCCCUAAGAAAUAAAGAGAUAUCGGACGAAGAUCGUCAUCUCUAUGCUGAAGAUUUGAUCCCUCUUAAGAAUGCUAGAGAUAGACUCUUAGCAGAGAUCGAAGAGAUGGAAAAUGCACAAAAAGUUGCAAUAAACUCAUCUUUGAAGAAAUAG